AUGACGGUGGUAGUUAGUCGAUCAUUUGAUCUGUUAGAAAAGGGAAUUUCAAAUUAUGAUGAAGAUGAUUUACCAAAUGAAUAUGAACACCCAAUAUUGGAAGAAUUAGUAGAAAAUGAGAAUGAUGUGAAUGAAGAAAUUGGUGAUCUAGAUGAAAAUGAAAAUAGUGAUGAACCUUUCCUUGAUGAAAAUGAAAAUAUUGAUGAACCUUGCCAUGAAAAUGAAUGUCCCGAAACAAGAUUUGAUUUGAACAUUUAUGAUCCACGAGUUUGGGAUAAUCUUGAUGCAAAAAUGAGAGAUUUACUUGUAGAAAAAGGUCCCCUAAGAGAAACUAAUCUCAAAUUCCCUAUGGACGAACACAAUAGACAUUUUUCUUCAAAUUAUUAUCUUCGUACGUUACCAAAUGGGGAAACUAAGGAUCGAAAAUGGCUAGUGUACUCAAAGGAGUUGGAUAAAGUGUUUUGUUUCUGUUGUAAGUUGUUUAAAACAAUGAAUUCUAGAAGUCAGUUAACUAGUGAAGGAAUUAGAGAUUGGAAACAUCUUGGUGAGAAGCUUAGACAACAUGAAAGCAGUAUUGAACACCUCACUAACUUGAGAAUCAUUGCUGUUGUGAAAUGUCUUGCUACACAUAAUUUGGCUUUUCGUGGAACAAAUGAAAAAAUUUAUGAAGAUGGUAAUGGUAACUUUUUAGGCCUGCUUGAAAUGAUUGCAGAGUUUGAUCCAGUAAUGCAACACCAUUUUCGACUCAUUCAAGAUAAGAAGAUUCAUUAUCAUUAUCUUAGCCAUAAAAUUCAAAAUGAGUUGAUAGCUAUUUUAGCAUCAAAUGUUAAACAUGCAAUCAUUGAAAAAAUAAAAACAGCUAAAUAUUUUUCUGUCAUUCUUGAUUGUACUCCUGAUGCAAGUCACAAAGAACAAAUGACUUUAAUAUUGAGGUGUGUAGAUGUUUCAAGUACUCCAAUAAAUAUAGAAGAGUACUUUUUAGAGUUUCUGAAUGUGGAAGAUACAUCUGGAUUAGGACUUUUUAAUGAAUUGCAAAAUGUAAUUGAGUCCCUUACACUUAAUAUUGAUGAUGUGAGGGGACAAGGUUAUGAUAAUGGCUCUAAUAUGAAAGGAAAAAAUCUAGGUGUACAAAAAAGAUUACUUGAUAUAAAUCCUAGAGCAUUUUACAUGCCAUGUGGUUCUCAUUGUCUCAACUUAAUAGAAAGUCACAUUGAAAGUGUCAAAGCAAUAAAAUCUCAAGCUUCCCAAAUUAGAGAAGCUUUAUUUAAAUUAACAGAAAUUAGUGAAGAUGCCAAAUUGAGUAGGGAUGCUCAAAGUUUAGCAUCAGGAGAGCUUUCAAGUUUUGAAUUUAUAUUAAGUUUGGUUAUUUGGCAUGACAUUUUGCAUAAGAUUAACUUAGUUAGUAAAAAGUUACAAUCUGAAGACAUGCGUCAUGAUGCUGCUGUAAGACAAUUAGAAGGACUUGUGUUAUUUUUUGAAAACUAUAGAAUAAAUGGGUUUGUUUCUGCCAUGAUUGAUGCUAAACAAAUUUCCCUUGAUAUGGGAAUUGAACCCAUAUUUCCAAAAAAACGUCAAGUUUGUAGAAAAAGGCAUUUUGAUGAGGUUUCCAAUAGUGAUAGGGAACAACAAUCAGCUGAAGAAUCAUUUAGAACUGAUUAUUUUCUUGUUAUAGUGGAUAUUGCUCUUGGUGAAUUGAAGAGUAGGUUUGAACAAUUGCAUUGUUUUGAAUCUAUUUUUGGGUUCUUAUUUGAUGCUGCAAAAUUGACUUCGCUUGAUGAUAAUGAAUUAAAAAGUUUUUGUGUGAAUCUUGAAAAUGCUUUAAAACAUGGUGAUGUUUCCGAUGUUGAUGCAAGAGACUUAUUUUCAGAAUUACAGGUGUUGCAAGUGAUGUUACCAAAAGAAGCAUAUGAAACAGAUAAACCAUGGACAUCCAUUAAAAUUCUUGAGUUUGUAAAGAGUGUGGAUAUGUUUCCUAAUGUAAUGGUUGCUUAUAGGAUAUUAUUGACUAUACCUGUGACUGUGGCAUCUGCUGAAAGAAGUACAUGUGAUGAUUCUUUGCUUCGAUUAAUUAUGGAUGAUGAAAAAAAGAUUGAUCAAAUCAAAGAAAUGCUUAUGGAGAUUUGGGAGGAAGCAUGUAGACUCGAGUAUGUAGUUUUUGUUUUUUAA